CCCUAGACUUCCUUAGCCAUCCUUAGAUCUCCUUAGCUAUCCUAUACACCAUCGAACAAAAGUUCAAAAUGGCGAAAACAGAGGAGUGCGUUUGAGUGAAAUGAAAUUCUUUGUUAAUAUUUCAGCUGUUUAGUCCAUCUUUUAUUUGGACACAUUAUUUAUUGCAUGGAGAACAGACACAAGAAAUCAAAAAGAAGUUUAAAUGGCGAUGAUGUUUAUGAAUUAGCUUGUAGAUACGAUGUUGGCUGGUCAAAGUCGAAGAGUCGGAAGAGACGGAAAGAUGGUGAAAUAAACGAUGAACAGUCUGAUGAGGGUGGAAAGAAUGUUAGUAGCAUGGUUAAGGUUAGAAAGGGUCUUUCCAGAAAACAUCCAUAUCUCCUCCACAGAGGAAUGCCUUGUCAGAAAUGGCCAUUCCAAAAAAAAUCCACACACCCUAUGUCCCUAUGGACGAGCUCAGUAAAAUGUGAACCCCAAGAAAAAAAGAUCAAAGUGCCGAUGCACACCCCCCCUCAGAGAUUGGUAAAUUUUUGCCUUACCCCUCAGAAAAAACGCUAAGAUCAAAGGAUGCCGAUGGCCAUAACCCCUCAGAAAUGGCUUUUUUGAACCGGCCCUCAGAUGAGCCAUUUUGCAGAAUGUGUUACUAGCGCACCCGAGGGCAAUCUCUGGUUGCAAUUUUAGCGCACCUAGCCUAAAUGUUCCUCAUGCCUUAGCUCCCAGGGUGCACUUGACAUGUAUAAUGAUGUAGGGUGUCUAACCUUCGCUGCAUAACUUACAUUUGUGUCCUGUUCCUACCUCUUUAUCGCAAACUGCACAUGUUACUUCUAUAGCUUCCGCCAUUUUCUUUCAGGAAAAAAUUGGCGCGAAAAUAUCAAAUCAGCUUACGCAAUACGCAUUCUUCAACUCAGGUUACUGCUCAGUGGGUUACUGUCUAGCGCGUAUUUCGCCACGCAAGAAAAGAUAUACGAAAGAGUGGACCGUGGGGGGAAAGACAAGAGAUAAGCCGCUGAUAAAUUGUAAUUUACUAUUUCCCAGCCGGCGGACCGGCGGUGACACACCUUGUCACAAAAAAUUUGCACCCGUACAGCAUUUUUUACAAUUUUUCAGGUGCGCACCUGACAGUUUGAAGCGCACCUGCACUUGAAAUUCUUGGUAUAUCGCACCCGAGAUCUCGUCGAAAUGUGCCACGUUCUGCAAACUGGCAGAUGAGGGCCCCCUGUACCUCUUGACAAUAUGCUUUCACAUAAAACUAUUUUGCCUUUUCACGAGUCACGAAAAAUUGAAAAAAUUCCUUCCUUUUCAAGGAAAAAUCGAAGUGAUCACAAUUCACGAAUUAUUAUAGGAUGUCUUCCUUAAUUGUAGAAUCAUUGUACUCGUCUGUACUUACCUCGACAUGCUUUCAAACUUCCAACUAUGUCGAAAACAGGCUCCUGUACAUCAAGUACUUCAAAAAACAGCAACAAACCGUAUUUAUUCCUUGGAAAGAUGAUCACACAAAAGGUCGCAAAAGAGAUGAUUCACAAACCACGCAUAUUUCUAUCUGCCAUUCACGGGUCACGGUUAAAUUGAAUCUUUCUUUCACGUGCACGUAAAAAGAUUGGAAGUCAUACCAUCACGAAUUAAAAUAAUCAUCGAUCACGUUUCACAGCUUAAUAAAAUAAGCCCAUCACGCUUCACGCAAAAAGUAUAGGGGGCCCUCUCAGAUAUUCUCUGACUGAUUGAAUGGCCUAGAGUGGAUCGAUAUACCGGAUAUAUUCGGUAUACCAGUAUUUGUUUAGAUACCGGUAUUGGCGAUAUUGACAAUUUAAAAAUACCGAAAUGUCGGUAUAUCGGGAAUUUUUAAAUUGUCAAUAUCGCCAAUACCAGUAUCUAAACAAAUACCGGUAUACCGAAUAUAUCCGGUAUAUCGAUCCACUCUAAUACCGAAUGCUGCUGCCUAAUACCGAAUUGAAACGCUAUUUCAAGUCAAUCUUGCUUACAAUCACGUUUAGAAAGCAAAGAUAAUUAGAUUUACAUCACCUUGUAGUACUGAAUGAUUCAACACUUCGACGCCCAAUCAACGGCCUACUAAUAAUUGCCGCUUAGCGCCGUUAACAUAGCUUGAUAAUGCGAAUCUUGUGACAUUUGCACUAAUAACAAUAUGUGCCACAUUAAUAUUUUGUCAAAACUUGAUUUUUCUCGACGGUCAGCAGUUCAGUUUGGCUUAAAAGAAAAACACGUUAAAAAUACCGGUAUACCUGUAUUUACUGGUAUUCUGAUGGCGGUAUAUCGGUAUUCAGUAUUUGUGAUAUCGAUCCACUCUAGAAUGGCCCAAACAAUUCUUGGUCUUUAAAGCCUAACAUCUCAAUCACAAAAACGAGGCUCGAUUUUGAGAGUUAACUACUAGAAAAAGUUAAAAACCUGUUUUGAUCUACUUGAGAGAGCUAAAAACCUGUUUUAAUCUUCCUCUAAAGGUUAACGAAAAAGGUGAACAUGGUGAUUCACCGAGCGUUGAGACGGGAUCCGAGGUGGAAGACAGAUGUGACGAUGAUAAUACCUUGUUAAAUAGUAGCAAAACUCAUGACCUGUUGAAGAAAAGAAAAUCAUUAGAUAUUAAAAAUAGAAUUAAAAGAAGGAAGGAAAUGCUGAGAGUGGAUGCGAGCUCUGAACAAGAUAAUGUUGAACCAGGUCUUCAUCCAUUGCAUUCACAAUGGAGGUUUACGAGGAAAGAACUGGAAGAACUUAAAAGCAAAGGUAGAUUUAAACUCAUGACAACAUAGGCAACUUGUGUGCUUGAUUUACACAGGUUGCAUGCGACAGUUUUAGGCAAAAGUUGUGUAAAUUGUAAAGUGCAUUUAGAAAUGUUUCUCUAACUAGGAGUUAAAGUGAAGUUGGGUAAUUGGUCAAAGAAGGAAAUAAACACGUUAGAGAGCAACAUGGCUGAAUAUCUGAAGGUAAU